AUGCCCUGCGGCGGCCGGAAGCGGCAGAGGGGUCAGCGCGCGGGGGCCGUACCGGAGACCCGGGAUCUGCACCGGCCUCGGCGGCGGAGGGCCUGAGCCGGACGUGGAUGGCGGAGUCCGCGGCGCAGCCACCGGGGGGCGCCCCGAGCCGGCACGAGAAGAGCCUGGGGCUGCUUACGACCAAGUUCGUGUCUCUGCUGCAGGAGGCCAAGGACGGCGUGCUCGACCUCAAGCUGGCAGCAGAUACCUUGGCAGUGCGGCAGAAGCGGCGCAUUUAUGACAUCACAAAUGUCCUUGAGGGCAUAGGGCUGAUUGAGAAGAAGUCCAAGAACAGCAUACAGUGGAAAGGAGUAGGUCCUGGCUGCAACACCCGCGAAAUUGCCCACAAGCUGAUAGAGCUGAAGGCAGAGAUUGAGGACCUGGAGCAGCGGGAGCGGGAGCUGGAGCAGCAGAAGAUGUGGGUGCAGCAAAGCAUCAAAAAUGUGACGGACGAUGUACAAAACAGCCGGCUAGCCUAUGUGACUGACGAGGACCUCUGCAAAUGCUUUCCAGGUGACACACUGCUAGCCAUCCGAGCCCCAUCGGGUACUCAGUUAGAGGUUCCUGUUCCUGAGGGCUUAAAUGGUCAGAAGAAAUACCAGAUCCACCUGAAAAGUACAAGCGGUCCAAUUGAUGUCCUGCUUGUAAAUAAAGAUGCUGGAGCUCCUCCAGUGGUACUACCUGUCCCUCCCCCGGAAGACCUCAUUCAGUGUCAGCCAGUCACACUCUCUAAGGCACAGAGACCACCUGUUGCCCACUUCCAAGAAGCAUCUCUUCCCAGUGGUACCCACCCUUCUGCGCCCGUUCCCAACAGCACACAGGACCAGGUCUCUGCUGUGCAGAAAGCAGCCAGCGCCACAGAUAGCGGCAUCUCAACGGCAGAAUCGAGAAGCAGUGGGGAGCUGGACCCACUUGACCCCUCGACAGCACCAGCCAGCCCACCUGCCGGGCUGGACACGCAGCCCCUCCAAUCCUCGGCCUUGCUGGACAGCAGCUCCAUCCUGCCCAGUCCCUCCACCUCCUUUGAGCCAAUCAAGCCAGCCCCACAGAAAUACCGGAACUUCCCAAAGAGCUUUCGGAGAUGUUUGAUCCAACAAGAGAAUGCAUGAAUUCUGAGCUGCUCGAAGAACUAAUGUCAUCUGAUGUAUUUGCUCCUUUGCUCCGUCUCUCCCCACCGCCUGGUGACCAUGACUACAUCUACAACCUGGAUGAGAGCGAAGGGGUGUGCGACCUUUUCGAUGUGCCU